AUGGUACAAACAACACUCAGCACCCCGUUUGAACUAGUUGAGCUCAGGAACGGGAUCAAGAAGUGUGCUGGUGGAUGCAAGGGUAAAUUAAAAUCUGUCACUAGGAGCAUGAUCUCGUGUGAUCUCGUGUCACCAUGCAUAUAACAAAACUUUUGGCAUAAACAAUACCAUUUGUAUCCUAAUUGUACUAGAGCAAGGAAUCCUCAUUUUGACCAUAGCAAGGUGAACAUUCCCUGCGCUUUAGAAGGCAAUGAAAUUCACUUACAAAAGAAAGGUGCCAUUAGUUGUGUAAAAGGCACUCUGCAUGCCGGUUAUUUCCUAGAAUUUGGUAAUGACUCACAAGGAGCACUGAAUAUUAUACAUGCUUGUAAGUGUAUAUGUGUGUGUGUGUGUGUGUGUGUGUGUGUGUGUGUGUUACGUUCUUGGUGGUAAGGAAGAGGGGGGUACUUGUUUAUUAUGUAGGCCAGGGCCCACUGGGGGAAAAAAAGAAAAGGAAAACUUGGUGCUUGCUCUGUGGUCCCUACACUCUUUUUUUGGGACGGCUGGGGGUUGCCCGCUGUCGACUCAUAAGCUGGCAUGAAGUCUUAAAGAGGGAGCAGACAGAAGCCUUACAUGCAGUUUGCAUGGAAAAGCACGAUUGUUUGUGUGUACUUUCUACGGGAAUUGGAAAAUCUCUGAUUUUUCAGCUAGAUCCCUUUACACUCAACUAGCUUAACAAAGUCAACACCAGCUGUGUUUUGGUUCUCUCUCCUUUAAACGUGAGAAUUUCUUAUCAAAUUAAAAAGCUGGAGUUGCGAGGUAUCGGUGUGAAUGUUGUUUAACAGGGAUAUCAGUGCCAACAGGCAGUGCCUGCGGCAUUGUGUUAUAUGAUAUGUGCGUGCCGGUUUUCCCUCCUGUCUGAUUAUCGCAUCCAUCUUGUUGUACAAGCGAUUUCGUUGAUAUUAAAGCUGUUAGAGUUCCUUCUUUGUGACGCUCCUGUCACUUCAACAUUGGCGUGGUGGGAGCGACUCCUUACCCACUGUAGUAACCAAUCCCUAGCCUAGUCCCAGUCUGCGUGUUUACGUAUAGUAAUUCGACUUUCGCGCCGGUUAUGCAAAUCGUAAAGAAUCUUGCUCGAGUUCGCUAGCUGUUACAACUAAGUUACGUUCUUUAUCUUACUUUGUUCGCCGUAUUCCCAAAUCGUCAGGUAAUGUCCUCUGUCUUCGUUUAUCUCCUAUUUCCUAUGUUACCUGUAUGCCCUACGUUAUUUCCAUUGUUGUAAUUAGUCGUUCCGCUCUUAAUGUGUUAUGUUUGUUACUUUAUCCUAGAAACCACUGGCAACAUCAUGUAAAUAAGGUUAAGAGUUCAAGUUGUUCCGGUUGAAUUAAAACUCUUUUACGACUUACAUUAUUGCUGGUGUGUUGGCUACACCCACGUCUCCAAGAGCCCGAGACCGUCUCGCUGAUUCAAGCAAUGACGAGUCUUCCUACCCUGUGGUCAAUUAAGUGAACUCUUACAAGCCAUUAUUUUCAUCUCAAGGAGAAAAUCGCUUCACCUUUUCUUAUCGUCACAUCAUGAAUUCUAAUAGAGCUCCAAAGCAGUGGUCCCUCAAAAAGAACGAAACCAUUACUAUAUUCGAAGCUUGGAGACACAAUCUGCAAUAUCCCCUUUCUCUCGAUGUUAAUUUUGCCUCGUUUUUAGCUGACAAUUUUACGUGGCUGAAAAAGUCUUCUACUGCUCCCAACAGAGGACUUAAGCCUGAUGGCGACAACAUUCCUACCACUCGCCAACGUACUGCCUUUCAGAAAAACUUACACCCUGAGCUCAUGUUGGGCCAGAUAGCCAACUUUUGCUCCGUUAUUUCACGUAGCUCAAUCGUGAAAAAUUCAACUUCCAUCAGAUCCGUUUGGCAAGCCAUAAGGGCCCACUAUGCCUUCCAGUCUACUAGUGCACGCUUCCUAGAUUUCUCCAACAUCAAACGUGAGGUCGACGAACGCCCCAAAGAUUUAUUUAAGCAUUUAGUGUCCUUCACUGAAGAUAACCUAUGGCCCCGUAACUCACCAUGGUGCACACGUUACUUCUGACGAAGAACUGACCCCCACCCUUGAAAAUAUGGUCGUUUUAACUUAGUUAAAACUCUUAUACUCCGACCUACCCUACCCUGCAUUACCCUACUUGUAAACAGUUCAGUUAAUGGCGACGAGUUAGCUCACAUUAUAACUGAGGUAUCCAUCGAAAGCUGA